AUGGGGGGGAAAACAAAUGUAAAGGUUCUUGGAAGACCGACGCAACCGACAGGAACCUUUUUUCUCCGAAGCAUGGAUCGUGACCCUGACAGCCGACCCUUUCUGCGGUGCGAAAUGAGGCGAAGAAGUGACCGCAGUCUUCCCAAUACCACUUUGUCGCUUCACUACGAUGAACCUAGCCGCAGUCAGUCGAGGCAGUUAGGUGAACGCCGCCGCUUUUUCAAGCAACCCACCGAAAGUCCCUUUUCACCCGCGAGAGCCCAGCCGGAGCGCCGUCUCCUGCGCCGCGGGUCCCCCAAGUGCUACGCGUCCAGUUUGGAUAGUGCUCUCUGCGUUUCACGGGACUCGUCGCCAUUCCGCUCUUCGAUAAGACGUUGCCGGAAACCGCCUUUUAAUGACCGGUCAGCAAGCGAACCGCGGCCCUCACGUGUUCCUCUUUCGGGUGGUCGUGGGCAACUCAACUUGGGAGAUCUCGUGCCAAUGCCAAAACCGCCAAAACAACGGCUUAUACCACCACCCAUGGAAAAGAAACCAUUACGUACCGCACGGCGCCGCACACCUCUUCCGUUGUCGCAGACAACACCGGAGAGACGCAGGGGUGUGAAAAUGUUUGAUGCUAAUGAGUACCAAAACGCGUUCGACGGGGGUCAAACCGCCUCGCUUCUGUUUAACCGUACUCCUAGUGAUGUUCCAACCGCUCAUCAGAGAACUCCAAGUAACAUAAGUGCUCGCAGUAGUGCCUCAGUUAGAUCGGACACUUCUGAAGCCGGUGUGGCAGGGCAGGCGAGGGGUCGAGACUCGCCAUCCACUGCGAGGAAUUCGGUCACACGGAGGGCGCGAAGCAUGACACCAACACGGCGUAAUUAUGAUAUUAUUACGGGAUUGCCACUAUAA